CUUCCGCUAGCCAAUGGUACGCGACAGGAUUGCGAAUCUUACUUCGAUGGUACGAUCUUUCAGGUCGACGUUUCCUUCUGGGACUCUAUAUGCCAAUUGGCAGCAGUAUCCUUCGACGUCGACCUGAACUCUUUUGGUACUUGGAAUCAGGGACUUAACGUCACGUCGCCGCUUUGUGCAUUUCAGUCCGGAGUUCAAUACUGUGCAAGGCUAUACCUUGGGGAUCCCGUUGAAGCAGACAAUAAUGGGAAGUCUUCGCAAUCGGAUCUCCCUAUCAGAGAUGGUACAUCUGUCAACUGCACCUCCUUUGCAGAUGUGGUGGACGGUGAUACGUGCCAAUCAGUCCUCGACGCAUAUCGCUUGAACAUAGAUCAAUUCUAUAAUUACAAUCCUGCAGUUGGUAAAGACUGUUCGAACCUAUGGACAGGAUAUCAAUAUUGUGUGCAAGAUCCUAGCUACGUGGAUGUCGUUGACGGCGACAGUCUGAGCACUAGCACAAGCAAUACCAGAAGCGGGUCAAGUGCGACAACUCUGCCAUCGAGCACGAUCGCGGGUCCUUCACCUUCGGCGCCGACUCAAACAGGACAACCUUCAGAUUGCACACGAUGGUAUACAGCACAGGCAGGUGAUUCAUGUUCGUCCGUUGCAAAUGAAGCUUUCAUCACACUGGAUCAGUUCUACAGCUGGAACCCGGCUGUCUCCACGGACUGUAGCAGCGGCUUCUGGGGAGGU